AUGAGUGUCAGCUACUCACCCUUCAUACCCCCACAGGACGCGUUCACACGGUCGUUCGUAUGCCACUACGGCCGUAUGAGUGACGCGUUCACACGGUCGUUCGUAUGCCACUACGGCCGUACUCACCAUUCAUACCCCUCACAGGACGCGUUCACACGGUCGUUCGUAUGCCACUACGGCCGUAUUUGCCACAUGCUGAACAACAGUUCAGACUUCGUGUCAGCAAGUCACCGGGCUGUGCACGUGUCCGUGCAGCUGUUCUCUGACCAGAAGCUCGCCCUCAGGAUGGUGCAGGACUACCCUCUGCUGGAUGUACUCGUCGUCUGCAUUCAGAGGAUCUUCGAACAGGCACAAGUUGACUUCAAGUUAAAUGAAAUGGAUCCUUCGCUAGCCCCGCUACGCAUCGUAGAUAUUCGUCACCGCAUCAUGAGAAAGCAAUGCUUCUGGCCCUUCGUCUCGGACCUGAACAACCUGCUUGGUCAUCGUCCUAUCGCGACCAUGCUUAUCUCCAACCUCUGGCUUAGGAACCAGUUCUUCAGCUAUAUUGCUGCUUACCAAUUCAUGAACCCUGUGGACCGGCGCGUGCAGUCUUACGAGGGGCACGUGGGGGGCGAGGAGCCCCCCUACCUGUCGGGGGUGAGCUGCGAGCUCGAGGUCAUCUCCAUAGGCGUGUGGAACCUCCUGGGGCACCUCGACGACCCUCACGACGAACAGUGCGUGUCGCACAUGAUGGUGCUGGUGGACUGCGCCAGGAAGGCGCUGCUCGACUGGUUCAAGAAGAUCGGCUUCUCGGGCGUCGAUACGGCGGCAGAAGUGCUGUCGUUCCACCUGCCGCUGCACCGCGUGCUGGCACUGUACCUGAGCCAUGCUACGAGGGUGCUGCGUAUUCCCCUCGCCAGACUCGUACCCUCGUUUGAGGUGCUGUCCCUCGCCAUCGCACAUCCUCUCAAAGUACAGUUGAUCUACCAAGAGACGUUGAUCGGGCUACACAAGAGCCCGCUGUUCGAUAUCCCGAAUCAAGUGAGCGCCUUCAUCCACAUCACCAUGGGCCACAUCACCAUCUGUACGGACCUCUACAUCCUGCAACUUGCUGCAGCACAUCUACGUCCUCAAGCUGUCGUCAUGGCAACCCUACACAA